AUGGCUCAGUCAGACGUAUUGACGACUCCAGGUCACUCUCCAUCUGCCCCAGUUAGCAGUGGACCGAUUCCGAGACCUACACUACCAAACAAGCCCCUCAGCAAAACUCAGCGCUUCUCAAAGUUGCUGAGUGGGAAGCCAGACUCCCUACGCUCAAAGUCUUCGGCAUCGCCUAUGCCAGAUGGCUCCUCUACAGAGCAACUUCCUCUGCCGAAAACAAGCAACUCGAGCUUCUUCCGGCGUUUGUCGCGCAAAUCCAACCUGAGUCGGCAGCAUUGUCAAAUUUGCGAUGAAUCACUGGGUCUCUUGGUCUCUGGCGAACGCGUUUUGACAUUUUUGUACUGUCAUCAUUUGGUGCACGGUCAUUGUUUGAAGGAUCAAGACAAGUACUCGGAGAGCCUGGUGGAAGCGCCAUGUCCACUGUGCUGCAAGAUCAAGGACUCCAUCAAGCUGGAACCGCCCAUACAAACUUGGACGCCAAAUACUGUCAGUUCCCUGCCAGUCUUGAGUCCUACCCGAAGUAGCACGGGGACAAUUGGUUCCAAGUCUGUUGCUGCAUCCAUCAAAAGUGCCGAUGCUGCCAUGCCUUCAUCAGGUGUGCCUCCUGUGCCAAAGACGCGUAUGCCAUCAACAACUCAGGAAAUCAAGCGUGGUAUGCGUGUGCCAUUUCCCUAUGUAUCCAUGGAACUUGCCAUGACAGACUAUAGGGAUAUGAAGCAUGUGUCUGCCGAUGCGACAACAACGCUCACAGAACUCAUGCUCACAGUCGCGGUGCCUGAGAAGUGCGCCAAUCUCGACAAUAAUGCCGUAUUGACGCCACCAUUGACUGCGCCUGGUCUCAAUCCAAUGCGCGUACACAGUCCUGGUACGGCACACUUCCCAAUCGCUCUCACUAUCAUUGUACAGCUCGAAGAUGGUGAUCUUGAUCAAUGCUCGACCCUCAAGUCGACUUUACUAGACUUGUGCGAGCAACUAUCACCGUUUGAUGAGGUUGGUAUCAUUGCUUUCAAUGCAGCAGAGGAGUAUGCCCAGGUAUGCAGCCUUGUUGGCUCGACUCAUCUCACGGAUCUCAUUCGAUGCAUCAAGGGCAUGGCGCCCUCUUCCAGUUUACGAGAAGGUCGAGAGGCUCACGGCCUUCCAGUUUCCGGCCAGUGGCAACGCGGUGAUCUCAGCAAAGUCUUUGAAGUGGUUCUUUCUUGGUUCAAGCGAGACAAACGACCAGUCUUGCAGCAACAAAUCUUCUUCAUGUCCAACCUCGUCCCAAAUCUGCAACCUGAUGUGAUGGGUAGAAUCGCCCGCCAGCGCAUCCACAUGCACGUCUUUGCUAUUGGUGUCCAGCAUGAUAGCUUGGCCAUGUUUCAACUUGCACAUCAGACUGGUGGCCAAUUCAUUGCGGUACCAACAUUGCACCAGCUAGCGCAGCGUGCACUUGCCUUACUAUUUGGCAUCUUUUCACUCGCAUACACACAGCUGGCAGUUGAUGUGGAACUCUUAGACGAAGCCGGGCAGACUGUACCAUGCUCUAUGUCUUCUUCGCACAUGCGUUUCGAUACACGACUCGUUCAUCAAGGUCUACGCAUGCAUUUUGGACCCAUCUGCCAUGGCGAGUCUCGUCAACUUUUUAUCAAAGUCAACAGACCAGCCAACAUCUUCUACUGUCAAAUCACACUGCGUGGAAAAUUCACCAAUAAGCAACGUACUUGGACCGGGCUCAACCAUGUCGUCUUGCCUGUACCCGUUGAGUGGAAGAAGCCGUCGCAUGCAUUCCAAUUUCGAAAGCUGGAGGAAGUCGCUGGGGCUAUGCUCUUUCAUGCCGUUGACCUUGCUACGCAGGGUAAAGUUGAUUUUGCAGAACGCGUUAUGGAUGAGACGCGUCGGGUAUUGCUCAAACAAGCUGAAGCACACAUUACUGCCGCCUUGGGAAAUGAGCAAGGAACCGACACUGAAGGGGAAGAGGUGGCAGGCUUGAUUUUGUCUCUUGAGGGCGACCUGGACGAUUGGCUCAAUCAAUUCUCAGCGGCACAAGAUGAGACGCCCUCUUCACAGCAACAUCUUCUCGCGUUGGGCUUAGAGAUGGGACGAACACUAUUGUUGCAGCAAGCAUGGACACUAGAAACAAACUUGAGUUCAGUCGCUCGGUCAUACGCAUGCAAAGUCAAGUUACUCAAGGACAUGAUUGAUAUGGCCGACUCUUGCUUCUGA